AUGCCAACCACGUACGCCGGCAUCACCUCGCAAGAGGUGCACGCCAAGAUCGAGCUGCUCAUCUCGGCCAUGGUCAACAUCCGGGACAAGACGGGCGAGUUCCUGCUGACGCUGCCGGACGGGCGCGUCAUCGACACCAAGGGGUGGCAGGACUGGGAGUGGACGCACGGCAUCGGGCUGUACGGCAUCUGGCAGUACUACCAGCUGACCAACGAGCCGCGCUACCUGGCCAUCAUCGAGGACUGGUUCGCCGCCCGCUUCGCCGCCGGCGGCACCACCAAGAACAUCAACACCAUGGCCGCCAUGCUCACCCUUGCCUGCGUCUACGAGCGGACGGGCAACCCGGCCUACCUGCCCUGGCUCGACGCCUGGGCCGAGUGGGCCUACCACGACCUGGAGCGCACCCGCCACGGCGGCAUGCAGCACAUCACCUACCUCGAGGAGAACCGCGACCAGCUGUGGGACGACACCCUCAUGAUGACCGUCCUGCCCCUCGCCAAGAUCGGCUUCGUCCUCCGCCGCCCCCACUACGUCGACGAGGCCCGCCGCCAGUUCCUCCUCCACGUCCAGUACCUGUUCGACGCCAAGACCGGCCUCUUCUUCCACGGCUGGCAGUUCCACGAGGACGGCCGCCCGGGCGGCCACAACUUCGCCGAGGCCCGCUGGGCCCGCGGCAACAGCUGGCUGACCAUCGCCAUUCCCGAGUUCCUCGAACUGCUGCGCGAGGGCGCCGCCAGCAGCAGCAGCAGCAACGGCGGCAGCAGCAACGACGUGGCGCUCGAGGCGUUUCUGCGGAGCACGCUGCGGGCGCAGUGCGAGGCGCUGCGGCCGCUGCAGGAUCCGACGACGGGCCUGUGGCGGACGCUGCUGGACGUGCCCGAGUCGGAAGGGUCGUACGCGGAGGCGAGCGCGACGGCCGGGUUCGCCUUCGGCGUGCUCAAGGGCCUGCGGCGGCGGGACCUGCCCGCGGGGGCCGGCGAGUUCGAGGACAUGGCCGUCCGCGCCGUCCGCGCCGUCCUGGCCAACGUCAGCGACGACGGCGAGCUGCUCAACACCUCCUUCGGCACCGGCAUGGGCCGCGACCUGCAGCACUACAAGGACAUCCCCGUCACCAGCAUGCCCUACGGGCAGGCCAUGGCCAUCAUGGCGCUGGUCGAGUUUUCGAGGAGAUUUAUCUGA